UAUGGUGUAUUUUAGCCAUCACGUGUAGGCUAUGUUAAAUAAAAUAAACAACAAAACCAAUUCUCAGGACGUUUGCCUCGCUGUCAAAACCGUAUCCGUGGGCGCACUUCUCAUUGGAAGCUGCGUCCAAGAGCACCGCCUUCAAAAAAUAAGCUAAGCGCUCAAUGGUGAGCUCCCUUUGAAACAUGCCUUCACACGCAAAUGACAGGCGAGUUUGACUUUUGGUUACUGGACCUCACUCAGUGUCAAGUCGGAAUCGCGGUGAAAUUGGCUAGUUUUGUUAUUUUGUCUACUACAGGCAUAUUGCUGAGAAUAAGGAGUGAAGGGACAUCGUAUUCCAUAGGCUACGAGCCUAGGCAAUUUGGGAAACGACACCGGAAUAUGAAGCUGAACGUGAAAUUAGACUAUCGGGUGUGGACUUAGACCAGCCGCAGCAAAACAAACAUCGGGGGCAGACGUCUGGAGCAGCUGCUGGUUGGGGUUGAGAGAAGAGCCGGUAUACCCUCUAUCCUACCCUACCCCCUGACCUACACCCUCUACCCUCCACCCUCUCACCCAGGGAGGAGUGAGCUGAGGUGAAGGAGAAGAAGGAGAAGAAGAAGAAGAAGAAGAAGAAGAUGGGCGAAACCGAGGACGACCUGCAAGGCCAUGCGGGGAAGCUCUUUGAGAGCUUCGUGCAGGCGUCCACCUGCAAAGGCACGCUGCAGGCCUUCAACAUCAUGUGCCAGCAGCUGGGGCUGGACCCGCUGGAGCACGAGACCUUCUACAGCAACCUGAAAAGCCGCGUCACCUACUGGAAGGCCAAGGCCCUGUGGAGCAAGCUGGACAAGAGGGCCAACCAGAAGGAGUACAAGAAGGGCAUGGCCUGUGCAGGCACUAAGUGUCUGAUCAUCGGUGGAGGGCCAUGCGGUCUGCGGACGGCCAUCGAGCUGGCCCUGCUGGGUGCCAAGGUGGUGGUCAUCGAGAAGAGGGACUCCUUCUCCCGGAACAACGUGCUCCAUCUCUGGCCCUACACCAUCCACGACCUGCGCGGCCUGGGAGCCAAGAAGUUCUACGGCAAGUUCUGUGCCGGAGCCAUAGACCACGUCAGUAUUCGGCAGCUCCAGCUGGUGCUGUUGAAAGUGGCGCUGCUGGUAGCCGUUGAGUUCCACGUCAACGUGGAGUUCGUCAAGCUGCUGGAGCCCCCAGAGGACCAGGAGAACGAAGGUCCUGGUUGGAGGGCAGAGCUGCGUCCUGCUGAUCACCCCGUGGCUGACUUCGACUUUGACGUGGUGGUGGGGGCGGACGGACGCCGGAACACUCUGGAAGGUUUCAAGAGGAAAGAGUUUCGAGGAAAACUAGCCAUUGCCAUCACCGCCAACUUCGUGAACCGGAACACCACGGCGGAGGCCAAAGUGGAGGAGAUCAGCGGGGUGGCGUUUAUCUUCAAUCAGAAGUUCUUCCUGGACCUCAGAGAUGAGACAGGCAUAGAUCUGGAGAACAUUGUGUAUUACAAGGACAAUACGCACUACUUUGUCAUGACGGCCAAGAAACAGAGUUUACUGGACAAGGGCGUCAUUAUCAACGACUAUAUAGACACUGAAAUGCUCCUGAGCAGCAGCAAUGUGAACCAGGAUGCUCUGCUGGGCUAUGCCAAGGAGGCGGCCGACUUUGCCACCCACUACCAGAUGCCCACGCUGGACUUUGCCAUAAACCACCAGGGCCUGCCUGACGUGGCCAUGUUUGAUUUCACCUGCAUGUACGCCGCGGACAACGCUGCUCUGGUCCGUGAGAGGUUCAGCCACCAACUGCUGGUGGCCCUUGUGGGGGACAGUUUACUAGAGCCGUUUUGGCCCAUGGGCACAGGGUGCGCUCGUGGCUUUCUGGCAGCGUUUGACACAGCCUGGAUGGUGAAGAGCUGGGCACAGGGCCGGCCGCCAAUAGAGGUGCUGGCAGAGAGGGAGAGUUUGUACCGGUUACUACCUCAGACCACGCCUGAGAACAUUGCCAAAAACUUUGAUCAGUACACCCUCGACCCGGGCACACGAUACCCCAAUCUCAACUCCAACUGCGUCAGACCUCACAUGGUGCGUCACCUCUACAUCAAUGGAGAGCUGAAGGCCUGUUCCUUGGAACGAGCAGCCACAGUGCGCCGUCCUGUCAACCUGUCUAGACGAGAGUCAGAGGUGCGCCCUGGCCGGCUGCAGACAUGGUGCCACAGGCAGACGGACGGCUACCGGGGCGUGACCGUCAGCGACCUCACUUCCUGUUGGGCCAGUGGCAUGGCCCUCUGUGCCCUCAUCCACCGCUUCAGGCCCCAGCUCAUAGAUUACGACUCUCUGAAUGAGGAGGACUGCGCUCAAAACCUUCAGCUAGCCUUCGACGUGGCCGAGCGCGAGUUCGGCAUCAAGCCCUUCACCACCGGCAAGGAGAUGGCCGCCGGUCAGGAGCCGGACAAAGCCACCAUGGUCGCCUACCUGUCCAAGUUUUACGAGCUCUUCAGGGGAACGCCUCUCCCACCCUCAGAUUCGAGAAGAGAUGGCGACACGAGGGAUGAUGACUAUCCUUCCAAGCCAUCCAGGCCUGUUUACAAAUCGUUCAGUUUCUCACAACCACGAAAGAGGAUACCAAAGGAUGACAAGAAGUUGGAAGAAAACGACCCGACGUACAAAAGAAGACGAAAGAUAUGCAGCAACUUAGAAGAGGCAACAAAUGUUUCCAGCCAGAGUUUGCUGGCCAGCAGAGAUGGGCAGGAGCAGAAGGAGAACAAGGUGAAGUCUAUGGCCACGCAGCUGCUGGCCAAGUUUGAGGACCGAGCUCCAAGCUGCUCUCUGCGACGACAGUCAGAGCAGGGCGUGACAAGGUCUCCCAGGCCUCUCUCCCUGGACAUGACUGAGGGCCCCCUGUUUGCCACACGACCCAAGGAGCCACGCCCUCGCCCUCCUCCUCCACCUCCUCCUCCUCCUCCACGUGCUCCCUCCUCCUCCUCCUCCUCCUCCUCCCUUCUUCCUGCGUCCAGGAGACAGUUUCCGUCUGCGUCCGCCGUCAGGCACAGAGAGGAGCGCAGGCCCCCUCCCCCCCUCCCCUCUCCCCAGGCCAGCCCCCUCUUCACCCGCAGGCGCCCCAAGCAAGUGGUGCACUCGUACGAGCAGGCGCGCCCCAACUGUGCCGACGCCGACGCUGGCUCGGCUGCAGCCGCAGCAGCAGAGCCCCGGCCUGAGAGCCCCACCGUCCAGCAGCCACUCUCCCCCCACUCGGCAGUAGUGGCCAUGAGGGGGAUGCUCCAGCGGCUGCAAAGGGUGGAGGAUAAGAUCACCCAGAGAAAAGCCCAGACGGAGAAGGCUAGAGAGUUUCAGAAAAAGAGCAUAAAGGAGAAAGCCGUCCACUUGACCGCUCUCUUCUCCAGCUCCGGGACCUCGGCAGCUCAGUCUGACUCCACUGACCCUCCAUCGCCUCCUCCUAACUCCUCCAACCACCUAACUCCCGAAAUAACUCCAGCAAUUACUCCACUGCCCCUCCUGCCAGAGUGCUCUUCUUCCUCCUCCUCCUUCUCUUCUUCCUCCUCCUCCUUCUCUUCCUGUUACUCCUCUGCUUCCUGUCCUCCUCCUCCUCCUCCUCCUCCCACUUUCAUAUCCUCCACCUUCUGUCUGCUGCAGCAGCAGAAGCCCCAGGAGUUAGACAUGCAGCUUUGUAGACAUACGGCUCAAAGACGAGCGGUCAGUGACGUGCGGAUGUGUAGCAGCAGCAGCAGCAACAGCAGCAAAACAGAAACGCGGCCGAGCAGGCGGGACCCUGAUGGGCCCAAGCAGCGCACCGUGGGCAAGGUGUCUCUGGUGGUGGGAGCGAGGGCUGAGACUAUCGUGUCUCUCUAUGAGAACGAUCACAGGCCCAAGCCCCAAAGCACUCCUCCAUCCUCCCCGGGCUCCUUCCGAAGGGAGCUAGGUGGCAGCGAGUUGUGUCACUCCUGUAACAGGCGUGUGUACGUGGUGGAGCGGCUAUGCGCCGAGGGCCUGUUCUUCCACCGCGAGUGUUUCCGCUGUGACACGUGCUGCGCCCCGCUACGACAGGGUGGCCACGCAUUCGACUCCGAAACAGGCAAGCUGUACUGCAAAUUGCACUUUGCACAACGCACGUCCGGUGUGAAGCGAGGGCGGGCUUUUGGACUGCACACGGGGAACCACAGAGCGGGGCUGCCCAACGGCUCCGAGGAGGUGGACUCCGGCGACGAGGUCUCCCGGCAGUCUCCAGGUACCCUGGCCUCCCUGCUCAGGAAGAGCCUGAGCUGGCCCGUGCGGGCUACGCGUGCCGUGUGUGCCGUGCCCCGCCGCCUCUCGUGCUGGGUGCGCCACACCGCCCAGGCCACGCGCCUCCACCUCAGGGCCCAUGCUGAGGACUAUGCCUUCCUGUACGAGCUGCUCAGCCUGGGGGUGCCUCUGCUGGGCAUGCAGCUGGAGGUGCUGCUCCAGAUGUACACGGAGAUGGGGCCGCUGUCCCUACAGCCCCUCAUGCAGUAUUGGACCGAGCAGUAGCUUGGCUCUCGGGCUCGGGAUAGGGAGGGCGGAAAUUGAAAGGAUGGGAAAUCCCAUGAUCCUUUUGGGUCAUCUUUGCCAUUGUAAAGAUUUCUCACUCGUCUUCCAUUGGCGUGUCUCAAAUGCAUGCUGUCAUAAUGGCUGGCCUCUGAGUAACACUUUUUUUAACACAUUGUUGUGUAUUUCCUAAUUGUCUGUUUAAAGCAGGCAAUCAUUUUUAAAAGAAAUGAUUUCACGGAAAAAUAUACAAGACAAUCAGCAAGUGCCUGAUAUAAAACAUCUUUUCACAUCACGGGACUGAUGUACGUGUACACGUGUAGCAAUGUUUGAAAACUAUAGAAAUGUACUCAUCGGUGCAUGUCUACAUCCAAAUCGUCUUCCUCAAACCUAUUUGGAGAGUUGCUUGGGAGGAGGACGACUCCUCGACAGAUGUAUGUUUUCGUUGCUUCUCAGGUUACUGUAGCCCCAGAGUCUUUCUCAACGUUGUGAUUAAUGCGCAAUGUCUUGAAGCACUUUAAAAUGGCAGUCUGUCCUCCUGGACUGUCAGGCAUGUGCCUGUAUCUGAGAGAUGUUUGUUGAUGAGCUGUGUGCUGAUGAGAAUUAACCGAUUAAUGCAGAUGCUGCAAUUGUAUAGCCUGGAAAGCCAGACGAUAACAUGAAAUGUGUAGUCUGGGGACGCACCAUAGGCAAAAGCUGAAGCGUGUGGUUGGAAUCAACACUUCCCGUUCAAACUGCUUAACUUCACGUGCUGUAAAUGAAUGGUCAAUGCAGCCAUGUUGUCAUCAUGCUGCAGGGAUUCAAAAGGUAAAAAAAAGUAAAACCGAUACAUCAUCGUGAUUGGACGACAGACCAAUGGCCCAGCCAUUAUUAUCCCCCAUGCUGCAACCCCAGACUAUACAUUCCAUAUUCCAGUCUGAAUUGUCAGGCUAGCAAGUUUACUAAACCUGUAAUAAAAUCAUCAGACAGACAAAUGUGCGCCUUCAAGGUCCUGUGCAAUGACAGGAAUGCCAAACAGGGUUUCCUACUUCAAGCCAUUCGCAGCCAUUUUUACCCAAACAGGUUUACAUGUGUGUGCAUGUGUGUAUUUGUGUGUGUGUGUGUGUGUGUGUGUGUGUGUGUGUGUGUGUGUGUGUGUGUGUGUGUGUGUGUGUGUGUGUGUGUGUGUGUGUGUGUGUGUGUGUGUGUGUGUGUGCGCGCGCGUGUGUGUUACAUUCUUCCGUUAAAACAUUCUGUUGAUUUAUUUUCCAUCUCAAACAUGCUGUAACAUUGCGGUGUAACAAGCCUUAUUAUUUAACUUUUUUUUCCAACUAUUAUUUUGUGAAUUUGUACAUCCGAGUGUGUGCCUGUGUGCAUUUUAUUUCCUGAAAUGCAGCUGGAUGAAAGUAGAAUUUUAGAGUUUGUGAUCUUUGUGACUGGCAUGCGUUUGGGCAUCGUCUGUCUUCCAUUUCAUGUAAAGAUGCUCUGGGAUCAGCCAAGGUGAACGAGGUGUGUUUUUGUCCUUGAAUUGGAUGGAACAAAACAUAUGCACAGAACACCUGCCUAGCCCGCCAGACAGGAGAAACGCAGACCACAGAGAUCUGAGACAUUCAACACCUCUCACUAUAAGUAAUCCUCCGAAUCUGAAUGUCUCUGCAAUUGCGGGUCCAUUGCUGGCCCUAUUGCAGGUCCAUUCUGGUGCAGUAACUUGGCAAGCCCACGAGUUACCUGUGUGUGCAUGAGAGACUGAAUUGCAUGUGUGGACGAGCACCUUAUACUGUAACAAUGUACCCCAAAGUGAUAAGGGAGAUGCUGUAUAGAAACAAACUGUUCUUCACCAAAGAUCUUUUGAGAUUGCUGGUAAUCUCCACUUUAAUACACUGAACACUCAACUGGUGUACUGUGUCCAAUGCCCAUGAUGUCAAUGGGGAUUACACAGUAAAUGUUUUACCACAUGUUUUAAAUGGCAAUUAUGCAACAUUAUGCAUUUUAAGGGAGCAUUUUCACUGACACUUUUUUUCCAGAUGUAACCAAAGUGUAUGUAUCUUGUGCUUUACCGAUGCUCUUUGAUUUCUCUCUCUUCUCUCUUUCUCUUUCUGCUGUAUAAUGCCUUAUUUUUCUCUUCUUUGAUUCACUUGUAGUCUUUUUCCAAGUCCCCCCACGUUGACACCUCUUGAGUUGCUCUGAGUCAUGUCAUGACGUCAUGAAGGUGAUCAACUCUGUCUGCAUGGUCACCCGGCUUGCUGUGGCCACAUUGUCACUCGUAGUGAAGCAUGGCCAUCUCAUUGUACUGUUGGACUUGCAUACGACCUCCCACCUCACUGUCUCUAAUGUCAGUGGAGGGUUUUUUUUGUUUCCAUUCCUCAUGGCCUCACAUUUCAACUUCCCAAUAUUAACAUGCUGCAUGCCUAAACUUCUUGCUGUUUUAGUGUCCUUUGUUUUGAUUUGCAUGUUCAUUUCUGAAUUUCUAAAAGAAAAAAAAAUAUAAAGAUGCAGGCCUUUUUUAACUGUCUCUUUUCCCCUUUUAUUUCUCUUGUCUUUUAUGUCUGUUGUCUCUUCUGUUUCAGAAUCCGUUACCUUUUCUGAUACCCAUUCAAGAGCACCUUUCUCUCUUGGCAAAUGGGGGUUCUUAGAGCUGAGUGGACUGUUAGUCUCAGUGGCACCUUCUGUUCGACAUGUUGUAAAACUGUAUAAAACUAUUUCAAGUCAGACUUGUUAUUUUCCACAAGGAAAUGUGCAUAUUGCAUUAUUUAUGACACUACAAGCAGUGCACACAUAAAAUAAAUGACAUUUGUUUAAAUUGA